AUGGAGCCCUGGCCGCUCCUCCUGCUCCUUGGGCUCUGCUCAGCUGGCCUCGUCCUAGGCUCCGAACAUGAGACCCGCCUGGUGGCAAAGCUGUUUGAAGAUUACAACAGUGUGGUUCGGCCCGUGGAAGACCACCGCCAGGUUGUGGAGGUCACCGUGGGUCUGCAGCUGAUACAGCUCAUCAACGUGGAUGAAGUAAAUCAGAUUGUGACAACCAAUGUGCGACUGAAACAGCAAUGGGUAGACUACAACCUAAAAUGGAAUCCAGAGGACUAUGGUGGCGUGAAAAAAAUUCACAUUCCUUCGGAAAAGAUCUGGCGCCCAGACCUCGUUCUCUAUAACAAUGCAGAUGGUGACUUUGCCAUUGUCAAGUUCACCAAAGUGCUCCUGGACUACACUGGCCACAUCACGUGGACGCCUCCAGCCAUCUUCAAAAGCUACUGUGAGAUCAUCGUCACCCACUUUCCCUUUGAUGAACAGAACUGCAGCAUGAAGCUGGGUACCUGGACCUACGAUGGCUCUGUGGUGGCCAUCAACCCGGAAAGCGACCAACCAGACCUAAGCAACUUCAUGGAAAGCGGAGAAUGGGUGAUCAAGGAGUCCCGAGGCUGGAAGCACUGGGUGUUCUACGCCUGCUGCCCCUCCACCCCCUACCUGGACAUCACCUACCACUUCGUCAUGCAGCGCCUGCCCCUCUACUUCAUCGUCAACUGAAUGGGUUGUAUUUCUUUUUCAUUCCGUGCAGGAGAGAAGAUGACUCUGAGCAUCUCUGUCCUGCUGUCCUUGACCGUGUUCCUCCUGGUCAUCGUGGAGCUAAUCCCUUCCACCUCCAGUGCUGUGCCCUUGAUUGGGAAAUACAUGCUGUUCACCAUGGUGUUUGUCAUCGCGUCCAUCAUCAUCACGGUCAUUGUCAUCAACACACACCACCGCUCCCCCAGCACCCACGUCAUGCCCGACUGGGUACGCAAGGUUUUUAUCGACACUAUCCCAAAUAUCAUGUUCUUCUCCACAAUGAAAAGACCAUCCAGAGAAAAACAAGACAAAAAGAUUUUUACAGAAGACAUUGAUAUUUCUGACAUUUCUGGGAAGCCGGGGCCUCCACCCAUGGGCUUCCACUCUCCCCUGAUCAAACACCCGGAGGUAAAAAGUGCCAUUGAAGGAGUCAAAUACAUCGCAGAGACCAUGAAGUCAGACCAGGAGUCCAAUAACGCGGCUGAGGAAUGGAAGUAUGUUGCAAUGGUGAUGGACCACAUUCUCCUUGGAGUCUUCAUGCUUGUCUGCAUCAUUGGAACCCUGGCUGUGUUUGCAGGUCGGCUCAUUGAAUUAAAUCAGCAAGGAUGA